GCGCGUUCUGACGCGUGUUGGUGGAGUAAAAAUUGCCAAGCCGCCAAGGAUCCUACCUUAACCUGAAUAUGAGAAUAUGGCUCGUCCAUCGUCACACCGAUUGUAUUCCGAUCUCGUUGGCAUUUUCUCAAUGCCAUUUCCUUCUCUGUACGGAUACUUCCGACUUGCAGCAGGAUACAAUAGCAGAGGAUUCUCUUAUCCAGAGGACGCCGUCUUUGCGUUUGCUGGCAUCACUACGGCGUUGACUCGCAUCUUCCCUGGUGGCUUCAUUUCUGGCCUUCCGCAAAUGUUCUUUGACGUUGCUCUCCUAUGGCAACCGGAGCGAGCUGCCACGAGGCGGAUAAAACGAAAUACCUCAACCAACGCUUAUCUCCCAAGCUGAUCAUGGGUUGGUUGGGAGUCUGAGAUCGAUUACAGCAACUGCGUUGCCGGCUUCAACUACAUAAAGAGAUCUGACUACUCUGAAGCUGUGAUGGGGACCUCCGAGUGUCACAGCUUCGUUCCGCUGGUGCAGUGGUACAUGCAUGAGGACUUGACUUCACCACCCCAAAUGGUUAGUAGCCUAUGGCAGAAAUAUAUCUCAGCCUGUUCAGACAUACAUUGUAUUUUACCAGACGGAUGGUCUCGACAUGAGUACGAAUUUGACAGAGACUUUGAGAACAACAGUGAGGUCUACGAGGAGAUAUACUCUCCUCCACAUGGAUGGCUACAGCAACGCUCUUGUCACACGGAGGUCACCUGACUUCAGUGUGUGUUGGGUCACGUGGUUUGUGUUUGCUCGGAGAUGUCUAUCUCUAUCUCUUCACGCUGUAUUUUAGAUACAUCCAAUACAUCGC